AAUUUCUUUAGAGAUGACGGCCGCUGGUCAACUGGUCAGCGAAUGGAUGCUACCUGAGAAAGUGGUAAAACUUCUACAGCGUGGAGACCUGCUAGAAUUUAGGAGGGUAGCACCCAUACGUGGGGCACCGCGUAACAUUUACGAUCAUUGGGCAGUAUAUAUAGGACAGUUCGAAAACGAGCCCCUUGUUAUACAUCUGUCAGGAAAUGGUGAGGAUUUCGCCACAUCAAGCGGUAUUGGGAGCGGUGGAUUAUUGUCAUUGAGCGGCUCUUCGAAUAUACUCAAGAGCGGUAAAGCUGAGGUGCGAUGCGAUCCACUCUUUGAUGUUGCUGGUCAGAGUCUUGUGCGUAUCAACAACGGACUUGAUGCCAAUCAUCGUCCUUUUCCUCCUACUAUCGUUGUUGAUCGAGCCCUGCUACAGCUAGGGGCGCGGAACUAUAAUCUGUUCUUGAACAACUGUGAGCACUUUGUGAACUGGUGCCGCUAUGGGAUUAGAAUCAGCAGU